AUGGCUCAGGUCCUCUCGUUGCAACAUAAUACCCCCCACAGCCCCGCUACCUUUAGGCUCCUGUCUGCCAAUGUUACUCACUGGAGGCCAGAGGUUCGGGAUUGGGCCUUCUCUCUUGAAGGCCAUGGGGUUCUGCUCCAGGAGCUUCACCUCACCUCUGAGGCUGCUCAUGAGGCUACGAUUGCCGCCUCUAAAAGAGGGUUUCGUCUCUUUACCUCGCCUCCUUUCCUGAGUGAUAAGAGGCGCCCCUUGGGAGGUUUUGGUGUCCUCAUCCGCUCCUUCCUUAAUCCCCGCCAUGUCCUUACCCACACCGUGGAGGGUUGUGGUUUCCUGGCGGUCUCGCUUCGGUGUUCCGGGUUCGAUUUGACCCUGGUUUCCAUCUACCUCCAGUCUGGUACUGGCUUUAACUCCCCGGUCAACGCCGAUGUCCUUGCUCGCCUCUUAGCCUUUCUUCCUUCCCUCCGGGGUGUGUGGAUCGUUGCUGGUGACUGGAACAACCCCAUACAAGCUCUCCUCGCCACUAGGCUUGAGGAAGUUUCCCAUGGGCGUUUCCUGGGUACCGGUUCACCCACCGCAGCAACCGACCGGGAACUUGACUACCUUCUGGUCUCGUCUCCGGCUGUCGCUUUCCUGCAAGUCGCUCAGGACUGGGUCGUCCCCUUUAAGCCUCACUGCGCUCUGCGGGCCACUCUACAGCUCAGCUCUCUGCAGCUUCCCUACCCGCAACUCGCUACCUUUUGUGAGGUCUUUCCUGACCCCUUGCCCUUUCAACCCUCGGUCCCGAGCCCCUCGCCUAUCGCUGAGGUUAAUCUUCUUGGCCUCACAUCCACCGACAAGCUCACUCUCGACUUCGCAGAGUUGAGCUCUUUCCUCGAGGUCUCUCACGGGUUCCCCGACCGAGGGCGUGGGGCUUUUGUUCCCUUUCUUCACAAGCCCCUUGUCCAGGGCCACUCUGUUACCUUUGCCUGGAAAGGCCAGCUUCCCUCCUUGGUGUCAGCCUUGCUUCACCUUCUUGACCGACCCGACGCUGUGCAGUCCCUCUUGUGGUCCUUUUCGGACACUUCCCUCCCCUCCGAGGUCCGCGCCUUUUGUGACCGGGUGAGCGACGGCUCUGCUUCUUCCGCCACCCUCCGCGCCGAAGGCACUGCCCUCCUUGGUCAACUCCGCCGCGAGCAAACUGCCCAGCAAGCUGACCAGUACGGUGAGUGGCUGGAGGAAGCUUCGAGUUCGCACCUGGGGCCGCUCUUUCGAGCCAUCAAGUCCCAUGAGCAGGUGCUUGAUCGGCCCUUUCAAGACUGCGAUGGACUCCGCCGUGUCUUUGAACGGCAUGAGCAUUGGGCCCGCGUCUGGCAAGCUUCGGUUUUUCCCCAGCACUUUGCUCACCCUCUCCUCGCGGAGCUCCGCUCGAGGGCCGUCUCCCAUUCUGGCACCCUGGCUCCCUUGACUGUUCCCCACCUUCAGAAACUUCUCAAGAAAGCCGGGAAAAAGAAAGGGGGCCCGGACGGCUGGAGCUACCCAGCCCUUCGGGCACUGGACCCGGCAGCUCUUCAGCUCGUUGCCGACUUCCUCGCCCGUGCGGAGGCUGAGGUGCUUCUGCCUUUCCAGCUCACCUGCGUUCAGGUCGCUCUUCUCCCGAAGUCGGCCGACAAGGAACGCCCCAUAAGUCUUCUACCGUGUCUGUGGAGAUUGUGGGCACGGGCUAGGUGGCAGGACAUCUCGGCUUGGACAUCGGCUUACGCCCCCGCCCACCCGUGGGACCGGGCGGUUCCAGGUCAGGCAAGCCUGGACACGGCACUGGCCCGCCUUGUCAGAUCAGAGCAUUCAAAGCUUGAGAAGACGCACAUAGUGUCGCUCUUCCUCGAUUUGCGAGGCUUCUUCGAUUCUGUGAGCUAUGAGCGCCUCCUCCUCCAAGGGCUCGCUCACAGUUUCCCUCCUCUUCACCUCUGGUUCGCCCUCCAGGUCUACCAGGGUCCUCGCUGCCUUGUGGCCGACUCGAUCGCUGCCACGCCGCUCUUUCCUGGCCGGGGCGUGCCCCAGGGUUGCCCUCUCGCUCCCUCGCUUUCCAAACUCACCAUGUCCGAGCCUCUCCAGAAGGUUUCUUCCCUUCCCUUCGUCACCCACACAGACUUAUGGUUGGACGACGUGAGUUUAGACGUGGUUGGUUCCGACCCUGUCGAGGUCGCUUCCUCUGCGCUUCAGGCCUACCGGGUACUUCAUACCUCCCUCGGCCUUGAGGGCCUUGAGGUUGAGACCACAAAGACCAAGUUCGUCGCCGGUACGGCCCGCGCUCGCGCCGCGCUUCUGCAGCUGCGGCGCCCGGGCGAACCCGACACCGCUGACCUUGUUAAGGACCUCGGUCUUGACUGCGCUGCUGGCCGACGGCGGCGCAUCACCACCGCCCAAAAGCGCUUUCGCACCGGCAUCGGCCGAGUCCGCCACAUGCGCCGCCUCCGCAUACGCCGCAGGUGGGUGCGCGGCCGGCUGCUCCAAGCCUCCGCCCUUAAGGCUGGCCUUUAUGGCCACCAGGCCGUUGGGGUUGCCCCUAAGCGCCUUAAGGUCUUACGCUCGGCGGUUGCGCGCGAGGCUGGUCGUUUCGAGCACGGCUCCGCCGACGUCAUUCUCGACCUCAUGUCCCACAAGGCCGUUGACCCACACCAGCUUGUGGUUGUGGAGCAGCUCCAGGCCCUUGGGCGCCUUGCCUCCAGCGCCUCACCCGAAGGCGUGCGGUUACUCACCCGCACUUGGGCCUCCUCCUGGUCCAGACAGGCCUCUGCCACCCAUGGGUGGAAAAUCGUGAACGGUCCCGUUUCCGCGCUCAUCCAGUACUUACUGGACUUGCGGGUGUCUGCCCCUACCCCUGAGGUCUGGACACACCGCGAAGCUACCUUUCACUUCCGCUUCCGCGAUCCGGGAGCGCUCGAGCGCUGGUCCCGUAUCGGCACCGUCUCCACUGCCGCUGGUGCCGCCUUAGGCAUCGAUUGGACCGUGCCCCGCCGCCUCUUAGCCAGUCCUCGGACGAAGCCCUGGCGGCAUGGCCUUAGGGCCGUCUUUCAAGGCGCCCUCCUCCAUUCUGGCAACGGAGGGAAGGAACGGUGCAAGUUCUGUGGCGGCCCCAACACCCUGCACCACCUCCUUUACGAGUGCGAAAACAUCCCCGGCGCCCUCAUGCCCGCGGGCUGGCUGCUGUCCUACAAGCGGCGUCACCCUGCCGACUGCCUUUGGUUGCGCGGUAUGCGCCCCCUUUCCCCCCGCGAGCCCCUCGCCCGCGAGGCUGAGGUACGCCGUACUGGCCUCUUUCUCGAAGGCACCCCUGACUUAACCGGGCUCUGCGUUGCCACCGACGCUUCCGGAGGCCCUGCCUCCAAGGAUAGCCGUCUCCGCUCGGUCGGCUGGGCCGCGGUUGUUGCCAGCAGGAAUGAUGGCGACCUUGUCGUGCUGGGCACCCUGUCCGGGCUUUUGCCUGCCCCUGCUUCUGUGCCGGAGGGCGAGAGCGAGGCCAUCGCUCAGGUCCUCCUCUCUUCCAGAGGCACUUUUGACCUCACUUGCGACUGCCAGCCCGCCCUGCGCAGCCUCCAGGGGCCCUUCACGAAGCGCACCUCGCUUGUGUGGGCCAAGGCUUGGGAACACAGGCACCGAGCUGAACCCCACUGGGUGCGCUCUCACCUUAGUCCCUCGGACUUUUGUUUUGAGUUCGGCGCUGAAGCCCUGUGGCGCCAUGAGCUCAAUUCUCUUGCGGACAAGCUCGCCAGGGACCGCGCGGAGGAGGUUCAGACCCCACACCGUCUUGCCGCCCAGAAGGAGGUAGACCGUGUCACCUCCCUCGUUUGCGAGUAUCUCGGUCACCGCGCGGUCGCAAUUUUGGCCAAGGCCGAAAAGGAGGAUUUCGUGCCGCGGAAGAACCGCCUCCUCUCCGCUCUUGAGCCCUCCUCUUCCCCCUCGCCUGACAAGAGGCAGAGGUUGCAGGCCCUUCUUGACGAACCCCCUCUCCCGGGAGGGCACGUUUGGUCUCGCACCUCUAAGGAGAAGAGUUUCAACAUGUGUGUUAAAUGCUCCGAGUGCUCCCUUUGCGUCUACCAGGUUGACACGCCGGAAACCUUUGAGCGCCUCAUUUCAUUCCCGUGCCGAACGGCUGCGGUUUCGUGCCCUUUUCCGGUCCACCCCUCGCACAGUCUUGUGCGCCAGGGGCCGUCCUGGAAGUGUGGCCAGUGCCAUGGCCAAGUGACUCUUCGCAUGGCCCAGUAA